UUAAAGGCAGAAAAACAGAAGGGAAACGUUAAGAAAGACAGGCAGGCUUGUUCCAUAUGUCAGAGAGUAUUUUUUUCUGAUAAAAACAGCACACAUCAGAGUUUAUUAUAGGUUUUCAUACUUUUAUUUUUUAGCUUUCUUUUUUCUUUUGUUUCAGCAUUCUUGCAUUUCUAAUUUGGGGUGAAAGAGAAAAGAGAAUUAGAAAUUUCACUUCACUUUUUUGGUCAAAUCCUGUACUUCUUACUGCUCUCGUUAUUAUUUUAUUGUCUGCUGACAAAACAAAAGGUCCCACGGAGAACCUGAAGAUGAACAGCACGCUAUUGAACACAUCCGUUAAGUGUAUUAGAGAUACAAGUGUGACAUCAGUGGUUUUCCCUGGUCUCUACACUAUCCUUUGUGUAGUUGCCCUGGUGCUGAACUCCCUGGCUGCAGUGAUCUUCUUCAGCAUACCCAGCACCACAACAUUUGUGGUCUUUUUAAAAAAUGUGGUGGUUGCUGACUUGCUGAUGACUCUCACCAUCCCGAUAAGAAUCUUGAGUGAUGCAGGGGUUGGUUUUUGGCAGCUACGUGCCUUCUAUUGCAGAUACUCUGCUGUGCUCUUCUACAUUACCAUGUAUAUCAGCAUUCUGUUGCUCGGCCUCAUCAGCUUGGACCGCUACUUGAAGAUCGUAAAGCCUUUCGGAAGAUGUGCUCUGCAGAAGGUUCGGGUCGGCCAAAUGCUGAGUGCAGCUAUAUGGGUCGUAAUGUUAUCUCUUGCACUCCCCAACAUCAUUCUCAGCAACAAGCCCCCUAAAAUCUCGGGAGGGAAACUCAAGUGCUCCUCCAUGAAGAGCAAAGAGGGCCUAUUGUGGCAUGAGGGAUUCAACUAUUUCUGUCAGGUCAUAUUUUGGGGCACGCUUGCCUUGAUGGUGUUUUGCUACACGUUCAUCAGCAAGAAGGUCUAUGAGUCAUACAAAGCCUCAAGGAGCAAGUCUCAGGUUGCAAAUCGAAGAACCAAAGCGAAGGUUUUCGUGGUAGUGGGUGUGUUUUUUAUUUGCUUUGCCCCUUAUCAUUUUGCACGGGUCCCAUAUACACUAACUCAAACCCGCAGCACCACUCAUUGCCGGGCAGAGAACGCGCUCUACAUUGCCAAGGAAACCACACUGUGGCUGUCAACAACUAAUAUAUGUCUUGACCCACUUAUUUACAUCUUCCUGUGUCGGGUGUUUAGAAGAAAGCUGAAGACCACAUUAUGCAAAGCUACCAAAGAUUCGCCCAAAGUGACAUCAACACAACUGGAGAUGUCACAAAUGGUCCACACCACCCGACAGUCACACAAUGACACCUCCCAUGCCAGACAAUGUACACCAGAGUCAAGUUUUGCCUGUUAAUCUCCUUCAAACCUGAAAGACUCUUUGUCAUCCUUGUACAGUAUGUAGCAGUUUUCAGUAUGCAGUUUGGACAAACUAUAAAAAUGGGCAGACAUUUGUUAGACACGAAAAUAUGUAACUGCUUUCUGUGCACAUCAGGCCUGUUUGUUUUGUGAACCAAGCACAAAAUGUUUGCCUAGUCAUCCAGCACAUUUCCUUAACUGAACUUACACUGUCAAAAUUCAGCUUCCUGUGGUUUAAUCUCUCUGAAACUGCACUUUUCCUUUAUUGGGAUGCAAACAUGUUGACAGAAUAAACUUUAAAACUAUAUAUCAAGAAGAAGCUAAAUAACAAAAUUUUUUUUAGAAUAACCUGAUUACAAAUAUCAUUAUAUAUAAAUAGUAAAUCACUACUAUUUUGCAUUAAAUAGCUAUGCGUUAGUUGAAUAGUUGUCAUUUUACCCCUAGGAGUUAAUUAAAAUCAAAAAUACUUUAUUAACCCCAAAUGGAAAUAAAUAAUGUGAAUAAUAACAGAUAUAUUAACUAAAAACAAAACAGCAAAAACUCAGAGUUUUUGCUGUGUAACCCUUAAUUAUGGUAAAUGCUCUAGACACAGAAAAAUACACAUUCUGAUUAGUAUAUUAUAUUAAUCAGUGACCAUACAUUUUGAUUUAUAUACUUUUUUUUGGCUAAAGUACUUUGCAUAAUUUAGAGUAAAAAGCUUGGAUGAGUUUUGACCAGCUUUAAAUAAUAGUUGUCUUUAUUAACUACCAGAAAUGUCUUGAAAGGAUUAUCAAAUAACUUAUCAGUUUGUAAACUUAUCUUAAAGGUAUUGUGGAGGAUUUUUGUGAAUUUUUUAAAAGACUGGCCCUCUUUAAAAAAAAAAAUGUAUAUGCUCAACCCUGUACCCGCUCCCAAGAGCGGGUAAAUGCGUUUGAGACGAUGCACAUGCCCAUUUCUCCUUGUGUACGCUCUGUUUAAAAGUUGCUGUUCUCAUAGCUCAUACAAGCUCAUACAAGCUUACCCCUAAAUCCUUCAAUCACUAUAUAGAGCGGGGACUAUAUAGUGGACUUUAUAGCAAACUCAGUUAAAUAAUCGUUUGGACAGAUGAUCACUGCUUUUUGCUCCCUGUUGGUCACGUAACUCCUCCUCCACUGCGAGGUGCCUACGCCAUCUUUGUUAUUAGUCACCUCUGUCUGAUAGCGAGAGCCUAUGGCGACUGCAGGCCACUGUGACAGUAAAUCCCAUAAUGCUUUGCAAGGAGAGCUUUCAGCGCAAAGCAUUCUGGGAUAUAUCUGCCUCUUCCAAGGCUUUUCUUCUCAUACACUUUUUAGAUGCAUUUUCUCUUACAACCAUCUGC